AUGAGGGCGAGUCGGAUAUUAUCAUCUCCCGCCACUGCUCGGGCAGCCGCCGUUCGAAUCGUAGAAGUCGGUCCGAGGGAUGGCCUUCAAAACGUGAAGAAAACCAUACCAUUGACCACCAAACUCGAACUCAUAUCACGACUGAGACAAACCGGCCUCGGGGCGAUCGAAAUCACGAGUGUCGUCAGUCCUCGUGCGAUACCUCAACUGGCGGAUUGUCGGGCACUUCUCGCGGACGAGAGUAUUCAAACCCAAAUACGGCAAAACGAUAGCUCCGGCUCCAGCCCCAACACAAACUCACUUCGCCUGCCGGUCUUGGUACCGAAUUUGAAAGGACUAGAGAUUGCACUGCAAAACGGAGUACGUGAAGUCGCCGUUUUUGUCAGCGCGACAGAAGGGUUCAGCAAAGCCAACAUCAACGCGACCGUCGACCAAGGUCUGGCGAGAGCACGAGAAGUCACCCAAAGAGCGACAUCCGCCGGUCUCGUCGUCCGAGGGUACGUGUCUUGCAUCUUUGCGGACCCAUUCGAUGGACCUACACCACAGUCGGCCGUUCUCAAAGUCGUGAGGGUGUUGCUCGACGUGGGAUGUUACGAGGUCAGUCUGGGUGAUACUCUGGGGGUUGGUUCCCCGGCCGACGUCAAGAACUUGCUCGAAUAUCUCUUCGCCAACGGCAUUGGCCCCUCAAAGCUCGCCGGUCAUUUCCACGACACUUAUGGCCAGGCGGUCGCAAACGUAUGGCAAGCUUAUCGGUGUGGUCUACGGGCGUUUGACAGCAGCGUGGGUGGACUCGGUGGUUGCCCGUUCGCCCCGGGUGCAAAGGGUAACGCGGCGACAGAAGACUUGGUGUACAUGUUUGAGCGAGCCGGUUGCGAUACCGGGGUGGACCUUGAGAAACUGGUCGAGGUCGGAAACUGGAUAUCUGCGCAACUCGACAAGCCAAACGAGAGUCGCGCCGGUGUUGCACUGACGGCCAAGAAGGCUUUGCCCAGCCUGAAAGCGAAGACCGUGGGUCAAGCCAGGGAUAUUGCAUCUUCAGCCGGACUUACGUGGAAGUUGGUGAGCGAGACGGAAAGUCUGAGGGUGUAUCGGUCCGGGGUCAAUCUCAAAGUGGUGCUCAACCAGCCGAAGAAAGGCAACGCUCUCACCGUCGCCAUGAUACACGAACUCACCCGGCUAUUUCGCGAGACGAAAAGCAAUCGCUCGAUAUCAAGAGUGGCGAUCACGAGCGAAGGAAGGUACUUCUGUGCGGGAAUGGAUCUGGGGAAAGGAACGUCACCCGUCGCCCAGAGCCAACAGGUCAGCGACGCUCAGUACGAACGUCUGGCGACGCUGUUCCGAGCGAUCGACACCGCCCCUCAGGUGACCGUGGCGGCCAUCAACGGACCGGCAUUCGGUGGAGGGGUCGGGUUGGCGUUCGCCUGCGACGUCAGGAUAGCCAGCAGCUCGACGACCAUGACCCUGAGUGAGGCCAAAUUGGGGCUGUGCCCCGCGACCAUAUCAAAGUACGUCGUCAGAGAAUGGGGACUGCCGUUCACGCGGGAGGCCAUGUUGUCCGCACGUCCGGUGACCGCGGCCGAGCUGCAUUCCCUGGGCUGCGUGACCAAGGUCGUGGCCGACGCAGAAGAGCUCUCGCCGGCGUUGGACCGAUACUUGACCCAGUUGAAGAUAUCGGCGCCCGAGGCUUCCAGCAUGUGCAAACAACUCAUCAAACUGGGGUGGACGAACCCCGGCGGCCCAGAACAGGAACAAGGAAUCAAGCAGUUGUUUGACAGGAUGAUGCGUCCCGACGGGGAAGCCAGUAUAGGAUUGAAGGCGUUCCAAGAGACCAGGAGGCCACCGGAUUGGGACGAGAUAACCAUGUCACGAUCGGCAGCGACGGGCAAGCCAAAACUGUAG